GAAGAAGAUGGCGGCCACUGUGGUGGCGCCGCCUGGUGUGGUGACCGGUCGGCCCAACAAGCGCAGCGGCAGCGGGCCGGCAGGCGGUGGCAGCGGCGGCGGCGGCGGCGGCGGCGGGGCAGCCAGAGGGGCGGAGGAGGAACCGCCGCCGCCCCUACAAGCAGUUCUGGUGGCCGACAGCUUCAACCGCCGCUUCUUCCCCAUCUCCAAGGACCAGCCUCGGGUCCUCUUGCCCCUGGCCAAUGUGGCGCUAAUUGACUACACUCUGGAAUUUCUGACUGCCACAGGUGUACAGGAAACCUUUGUCUUUUGUUGCUGGAAGGCUGCUCAAAUCAAGGAACAUUUAUUGAAAUCCAAGUGGUGCCGCCCUACAUCCCUCAACGUGGUUCGAAUAAUUACAUCAGAGCUAUAUAGAUCACUGGGGGAUGUUCUCCGUGAUGUUGAUGCUAAGGCCUUGGUGCGCUCUGACUUCCUUCUGGUGUAUGGGGAUGUCAUCUCAAACAUCAAUAUUACCAGAGCCCUGGAAGAACACAGGUUAAGGCGGAAGCUGGAAAAAAAUGUAUCUGUGAUGACGAUGAUCUUCAAGGAGUCAUCCCCCAGCCACCCAACUCGUUGCCAUGAGGACAAUGUGGUAGUGGCUGUGGAUAGUGCCACAAACCGGGUGCUCCAUUUCCAGAAGACCCAAGGCCUCCGACGUUUUUCUUUUCCUCUGAGCUUGUUCCAGGGCAGUGGAGAUGGAGUGGAGAUUCGCUAUGAUUUACUUGAUUGUCAUAUCAGCAUCUGCUCUCCUCAGGUGGCUCAACUCUUUACAGACAACUUCGACUACCAAACUCGAGAUGACUUUGUGCGAGGCCUGUUAGUAAAUGAGGAGAUCUUAGGAAACCAGAUCCACAUGCAUGUGACAACUAAGGAAUAUGGUGCCCGGGUCUCCAACCUACACAUGUAUGCUGCUAUCUGCGCUGAUGUCAUCCGCCGAUGGGUCUACCCUCUCACCCCAGAGGCGAACUUCACUGAUAGCACAACCCAAAGCUGCACUCACUCCCGACACAACAUCUACCGAGGGCCUGAGGUCAGCCUGGGUCAUGGCAGCAUACUGGAGGAAAAUGUGCUCCUGGGCUCUGGCACUGUCAUUGGCAGCAAUUGCUCCAUCACCAACAGUGUCAUUGGCCCCGGCUGUCACAUUGGUGAUAAUGUGGUGCUGGACGAGGCCUUCCUAUGGCAGGGCGUCCGAGUGGCUGCUGGAGCACAGAUCCGUCAGUCUGUGCUCUGUGACAAUGCUGAGGUCAAGGAAAAAGUUAUCCUGAAGCCACGCUGUGUCCUCACUUCCCAGGUGGUGGUAGGCCCAGAUAUCACGCUGCCUGAGGGCUCGGUGAUCUCUUUGCACCCUCCAGAUGAAGAGGAUGAUGAGGAUGAUGGUCAGUUCAGUGAUGAUUCUGGGGCUGACCAAGAAAAGGAGAAAGUGAAGCUGAAAGGUUACAAUCCAGCAGAAGUCGGAGUUGCAGGCCAGGGCUACCUCUGGAAAAGAGCAGACAUGAACAUGGAGGAAGAGGAGGAACUACGGCAGAAUCUGUGGGGACUCAAAAUCAACAUGGAAGAAGAGAGCGACACUGAAAGUGAGCGAAGUAUGGAUUCUGAAGAGCUAGAUAGCCGGGCAGGCUCCCCACAGAUGGAUGACAUCAAAGUGUUCCAGAAUGAAGUCCUGGGAACUCUACAGCGGGGCAAGGAGGAGAACAUUUCUUGGGACAAUCUAGUCCUAGAGAUCAACUCUCUCAAGUACGCCUACAACAUAAGCCUGAAGGAGGUGAUGCAGGUGCUGAGCCAUGUGGUCCUGGAGUUCCCCCUGCAACACACGGAUUCCCCACUCGACCCAAACCGCUACUGUGCCCUGCUGAUUCCCUUGCUCAAGACCUGGAGCCCUGUUUUUAGGAACUACAUAAAGCGUGCAGCUGAUCAUUUGGAAGCAUUGGCAGCCAUUGAGGACUUCUUCCUGGAGCAUGAAGCUCUUAGUACUUCCAUGGCCAAGGUACUGAUGGCUUUCUACCAGCUGGAGAUCCUGGCUGAGGAAACAAUCCUGAGCUGGUUCAGCCAAAGGGAUACAACUGACAAGGGCCGGCAGUUGCGCAAGAACCAGCAGCUGCAGAGGUUCAUCCAGUGGCUAAAAGAGGCAGAAGAGGAGUCAUCUGAAGAUGACUGAAGUCGCACUACCUGCUCCUGUGGGUGUGGUUGAUUGCCCUCCUGGUUUCUGGGCCAGGGCAAGUGAGAGGCUAGUUGCAGAAGGAUGAGUGACCACCAUCUGAGCUGAGACUUAAAGGAGCAGAGGCUGGAGCUACAGUAUUCUUCCCACCGCCAGCAGCCAUGUGCCUCCCAUCCUGACUGGGGAGUUGAGAUGAGGGAAGUUGGGCUGGAUAACAACUCUGCCUAAGGAGGAGCUAGGCAGGCCCUGCAGGUAGAGGAAGGCCAGAGGAACAGCUUUGUGCUCUGGUUUCCCCUCAGGGAACACCAGAGAGCAGUUGGCCCUCUCUGUUGCUUGUAUUUGUUAAUAUUAAAAAACAGAGAGAGGGGUAUAUUUGGUUUCUGUCCAACUCUGACUGAUCAGCAGUGGAAGUAGGUCAACAAAGAGUUCUUAACCUCUGAUGUGGUAGCCUUUCUUAACACCUGGUGGAGAGGGAGAAGAGGGGUGUUGUGGCCACUAGGUGGGACUGUGGUGCCUCGCUAGUUGACCAUUGCCAUGGCCACGGAGGUAGAGGGCCUAGAUUCUUUUCCAGACUUUGUGGGCCAAUUUGUGGUCCUGGAGUGGUGUGCCUGAACCUAGUUCUGUAGAGAGUCCUAGUCCGAACACUUUUCUGUCAGAGGGUGAUGAUGCCAAGCAUAUGUAAAGUCCAUGAACCACUGCCAGUCUGUCACAUGCUUUGUCCAUUUGAUCCAGUACUACUGUCAGGGAAGCUGGGCUACUUUUCAUCUUAUAGAUAAGGGAAUUUGCGCAAGGUCUCAUGACUCUUGAGGGGUAAAGCUAAGGACUUGAGCCUCAUAAUCCAGAAUUCUUUUUCCUUCAGCAUAUUCAGUGUCUCAGUGAAGGGAAAUUGCCCCCAGAGGCAAACACAACCCCAAGCCAGCAAUGGAUAUCGUAAGAACAGAGGAAGAACCUGUGAAAUGGGCUGUCCCCUAAUAUUGAGAGAGUAUCUACUGCAUGACAGACUUUUUUUAAUACACAUUUAUUUAUUUGUUUAUUUAUUUA